AUGUCAGAUCUUGAAAAUGAAGAAAAAUCUGAAGAAUUCAUGUUUGAUCCCACCUUCAAAAAGAAAAAGAAAAAGAAACCCAAAGUAGCUUUUGAAACCGAAAUUGAGCAAGAGGAAGAGGGCGAUAAUCAGGCCAGAAAUGCUCCGGCCGACGAAAAUGAAAAAGAGGUUGAAGAGGAAACACCUGCUGAACCUUCUGAUUUUACUGAUUUGCCCAAAAUUAAGAAAAAGAAAAAGAAAACCAUGACCGAAUUCAUAGAACAGUUAAAUGACGAAGCAGAAAAAGAUGUUCGAGCAGAUGAUGACUUAUUUGUUCCAGAAAGCGAGCAGAUGGAUAAAGAAACAAAAUUUGAGGAAGCAUGGCUUAGUUCUGAUCGAGAUUAUACGUAUCAAGAACUCUUGGGUCGGGUUUUCCAUAUUCUUCGGCAAAAUAACCCAGAGCUUGCUGGAGAAAAGAAACGAUACACAAUUGCUCCUCCAUCGGUUCAUCGUGAAGGAAACAAGAAAACAAUUUUUGCUAAUGUUAUUGAUAUUUGCAAGAAAAUGCAUAGGCAACCUGAACAUGUAAUUCAGUUCUUAUUUGCCGAGUUAGGUACUAGUGGUUCAAUUGAUGGUUCGCAACGACUUAUUAUCAAGGGACGUUUCCAACAAAAACAGCUUGAAAAUGUUUUGCGACGAUACAUUGUUGAAUAUGUUACAUGUAAAACCUGCAAGUCUCCUGAUACGAUCUUAACGAAAGAAAAUCGUAUUUUCUUCCAACAAUGUGAAAGUUGUGGAUCUAUGCGAUCGGUUUCCGCAAUUAAGACUGGUUUCAAAGCUCAAACAGAAAAAAGAGCAGCUCAAAGAAGGGCCGCUGUACAAUAG